GAGUAUUAGAGCAUCAGUUUAGGAGCCUCUUUAUUUACCCCCUUUAGUUUAGUUUAGGUGUUAGGCUGCACCGAGGACGCGCAAAGCGGAUGGCGCUCUAAAUUGGACGGUGCGCAAAUGGCAAAUGGUGUUAGGUCCAGUAGUAGCCCGAGUUUGAGGGAAUGUAUGUGAAAAAUUAUGCUUUUCUCAAAGGACACUAACGCAAGGCUUUGCAUGGUGUCCAAGGCACUCACUAGUAUUUGAGUUUUUUUUUAUUUAUUUAUUUUCCUCGAGCAGUUUUUUUCCAUCAGUAUUAUAAAGCUCGUCGCGAAUUUUGCUGCUGCUGUGGGAGCAAUAAAAGCGUAAAGAGCGUAAAAGCGGCGCAAGUGAAUCAGUAUGGAAGAAAAUGAGCACGGCAACAGAGACGAGCGGCAGGAGUCGGCGGACGAGUCCAACAGAGCCAUCCUUCCCCUCCUACAGGCGCCGGGGAACCAGCAGAUCCCACACCGGGUCACCAAUUUCUUCAUCGACAACAUCCUGCGGCCGGACUUCGGGCGGAAAAAGGAUGCGGGCGCGGGGAACCGGGAGGAGAGCAGCAGCCUGGCGUCGCGGGAGAGCCACGACAGCCCCGCCGCCCCUCUGACCGAGCCGGUGGGCAGCACGGUGCCGGCGGAGGGGACCUCCACUCCACACGCGGUCACUGGGGCGAAGAAGCCCGCACAAUCCGCCGAGGAUCCCCUGAAAGCCCGCGGGGAGAACGGAGACCAGUGCCUGAGCUCGGACUCGGACAGUUCCCAAGCCAGCUCGAACCCAUCCAUGUCUCAGCCCAUGCUGUGGCCAGCCUGGGUCUACUGCACCAGAUACUCGGACAGGCCUUCUUCAGCAGGGCCGAGAUCUCGCAAACCAAAGAAGAAAACGACCAGCAAAGAGGACAAGCGACCACGGACGGCCUUCACAGCGGAGCAGCUCCAAAGACUCAAAACGGAGUUCCAGACAAAUCGAUACCUGACGGAGCAGAGGCGGCAGAACCUGGCGCAGGAGCUGGGCCUGAACGAGUCCCAGAUCAAGAUCUGGUUUCAGAACAAGCGGGCCAAAAUCAAGAAGGCCAGCGGCACUAAAAACGGCCUGGCCUUGCACCUGAUGGCGCAGGGACUGUACAAUCACGCCACCGUCACGUCAAAGGACGAAAAAUCAGACAGCGACUGAGUUCCUGAGCAACAAAAACAGCAGCCUCCAUGACGAAAAAGAACCUAUAGUAAUCCUAUGAUAGAUUUUUACUGAGAUUAAUAAACUCUACUUACAGGAAUAUUUAAUGUUACCACAGCAGAUACUAUAACUCACUUAUAUGGAUGUACAAUGGCUCCACAACACCAUAACCAACACACAGAAACGAUAAGGUCACAACUACCACAAUUUCUAACACUACCAUAGGUUUCUGUAGGUUCCUAUGGAAUAUUAUAGUGAUUUUUUCGUUUUAUGGGAGGCUUAAUCAAGCUUUCAAUGCAAUAAUA